AUGGCCGCUGUUCAUCGCCUGGUUAUCGUCCGCCACGGGGAGAGCGCCUGGAACCAAGAAAACCGCUUCUGCGGCUGGUUCGAUGCAGACCUCAGCGAGAAGGGAGUGGAGGAGGCUACUAGAGGAGCCAAGGCCAUCAAAGAUGCAGGCAUGAAGUUUGAUAUCUGCUACACCUCUGUGCUAAAACGUGCCGUCAAGACCUUGUGGACCAUCAUGGAAGGCACAGACCAGAUGUGGCUGCCGGUGAUCCGUACAUGGCGUCUCAAUGAGCGCCACUAUGGAGGCCUCACUGGUCUUAACAAGGCAGAGACGGCCGCCAAGCACGGUGAGGAGCAAGUGAAGAUCUGGCGCCGUUCCUUUGACAUCCCACCUCCACCCAUGGACAAGGACCACCCUUACCACUCCAUCAUCAGUGAGUCCAGGCGAUACAAGAACCUGAAGCCCGGUGAGCUGCCUACAUGCGAGUCACUGAAGGACACCAUUGCUCGUGCCCUGCCUUUCUGGAACGAGGUCAUCGCACCUGAAAUCAAAGCCGGAAAAAAUGUUAUCAUUGCAGCCCAUGGCAACAGCUUGCGUGGAAUUGUCAAGCAUCUUGAAGGCAUGUCUGAUGCUGCCAUCAUGGAGCUCAACCUGCCAACGGGAAUUCCUAUCGUGUAUGAACUGGACGCAAACUUGAAACCUGUGAAGCCUAUGGCCUUCCUGGGUGAUGAGGAGACUGUGAGGAAGGCCAUGGAAGCUGUGGCUGCCCAAGGCAAAGUGAAGAAGUGA